CUCGCGACCGUCGUCGAGCCGGAGACGAACCGAACCCUCCUCUGCAUGCUCCGCCGCCGCUUCAAGCUCGCGAACGGCGAGGAGCGAUGCCUGUGCCUGCCGCUCGACCACCCCAUCGACGUCCUGCGCGGCGAGGGCGUCGACCCGAACGAAGACCUCAGCGACAUCGGCGACGACGAGCUGAAGGAGAUUCUCCCGGACAUGGCCUCCGCGCUCGCGAGCAAGGGCAUGCUGCUGCAGAGGAGCGCGUUCUGCAUGACGGUGCGCGGCGCGGUGCGGUUCAACGAGACGGACGCGUUGCUCAUGGACGCGGGGGACGGCGCCGGCGACGAGACGGAAGGGAUCGAGAUCCUGACGUUCUCGUCCAAGGGGUCGCGGUACCUCGUGUACGCGCCCAUGAACCCGGUGCUUCUGGUG